AUGGAGGCGGCGGUGGCGGCGGUGGCUCCGGUGCGGCUCUGGGUCAAAACAGAGCCGUUCCUGGUGGGUGUCCUGCCAGUCCCGCCGCCCGCCCGCCUCGGUCCCCACUACCUGCGGAAGAUGGCGGUCUACACCCGGGCGCGGGCGGCCGAGGGUUGCUUCCCGCGGCUGUCGUGGCCCCGCUGGCGGCACAUCGCCUGCGGGAAGCUGCAGCUGGGCCGCGGCCUGGCCUGGCUCUACUUCGAGCUCUUCCACAGUCUCCUGCGGCGGGACCCGCCAGGUCGCCUUGAGUGGGCCGAGGCCGAGGCGGCCUGUGCCAGCGCCGACGAACUGGAGCGGGAGCGGAGUAAGCUGUCGGUAGAUACUCUGCAGUUCCUGCUCUUCCUGUACAUACAGCAGGUGAACAAGGUUUCUCUGCGGAGGUCUCUGAUCGGGGAGGAAUGGCCCAGCCCCAGGACCAAGUCUCCCAGCCUGUCUGGAAAAUCUACCAGCGACAACAAGAACUGGAAUGAUCAGGACCACCUUGCCUUUGUGCAGAGCCACCUCUUGGAUAUGCUGGAACUGCUGCUGGAGCCCGAGCAGCUCACUGCCUCCUCCCAUUCCACCCACAGCAGCACGGUGUCCUACGAAGCCGUCUGUGCCCUCAGCUUUCUGGUUGAAGGGGCUGUGAGCAAAUGCAGGACAGUCCGUCCCCUGCACGAGCUGGCUCUCUGGCAGCCCUGCCACGAGCCCAACGGCUACUCCAAGGUCUCCAGAGCCUUCUCCUUGCCCAAGCUGGAGAGCUGGCUGCGCUCUUGCCUGACCACAAACCCCUUUGGAAUGAGCGCCUGCCUCAGGGCUGGGAAGAAACUGGCGUGGGCACAGCAAGUUGAAGGGACAACCAGGAGAGCAAAGAUUGCCUGCAAUGCUCGAGGGGUGCCUGAGGAGUCCUCCAUGGUGAUCAUGAGUCAGGUCUACAAGCAGACCCUGGCCAAGAGCUCGGAUACCCUGGUGGGGGCUCAUGUGAGAAUUCAUCGCUGCAAUGAGUCCUUCGUUUACCUCCUCUCUCCCCUCCGGUCUGUCACCAUCGAGAAGUGUCGCAACAGCACUUUUGUGCUUGGCCCUGUGCAGGCAUCUGUCCACGUCUACAGCUGUGACAACGUCAAGGUCAUUGUCAUUUGCCACCGUCUGUCCCUUUCCUCCACCACUGGCUGUACUUUUUACACUCUGACACCUACCCAGCCUCUCAUCCUCCCAGGCAACCAAGCAGCCACCUUUGCCCCUUACCACACACAUUACCCCACGCUGGAAGACCACAUGGCUCAGGUGGGCUUGGCCACUCUGCCAAACCACUGGGACAACCCCAUGCUGGUGUGCAGGGAGAGUGGUGACACGAGUGUCUUCAGCCUCAUGCCUCCCUCGGACUUCUACACCUUCGUGGUUCCUUUUGAGAUGGAAGGAGACACCACAGAGACACCAGGUGGCCUUCCCCAGCCCUACCAGAAGGCGCUGAGUCAGCGAGAGCAGAAGGUGCAGAUCUGGCAGAAGACUGUGAAGGAGGCAGGUCUGACCAAGGAUCAGAGGAAACAGUUCCAGAUACUGGUGGAAAACAAAUUCUAUGAGUGGCUGGUCAAGACAGGGAACCGCCUGCAGCUGGACAGCCUCGUCCCUCCUGCAGUGGGCUCCAAGCAGGCAGCAGGAUAG